UCCGGGAGUCAAAAACACAUUGGCUACCUUAAAAUGAAUUGCAGAUGAGCAGCCAUGGGGUUGCUAUAGGGACCAGUUGCUACUAGCAACCGCAACACUGACAGCAUCCCAAAGAAAAUGUAUGUGAUGGAAAGGCUCUUCCAGGCUCAGUACCGAACGGCGGAGGGGGGGUACCCAGAAUCUCUCGUCACAGGGUGAGGGAUUCCCAAGCGAGGAUGAAGCCCUGCCAGCUGGUGAGUGGGAGAAUGUAGGUGCCGGAGAAGGGAGAGGGAAGACUGAAGUUCCCCAUCAACAGGUAUAACAUAGAGGAACUGCCCCAAAAAGCACAAUGUAUCUGGCAAUGACAGGGGAGAUUUUGAGCACAACCUUCUCAGCGUCAGGAGAUGCCCUGCCUGUCUCCUCCCUCACAUUGGAACAAAAAGCAGCUUUUGUCUUGGUUUUUCUGCUUUUUAUUUUCCUUGGCCUUCUCAUUAUCCGCUGCUUCCGGAUACUUCUGGAUCCCUAUCGGAGCAUGCCCUCCUCCACCUGGACAGACUACAUGGAGAAAGAUACGUUUGAUUACCGCUGGGCCUAACGCCAUUACACGGCCAAUGAGAUGUUCUACUACAGCUUGGCCUAAUGCUGUUACAUGAAUAGGAAGAUGGGGAUUAUGCUAAACCUAAUGGAGACAAUUGCAUUCCCCGACUACUCAACCUAGUUGUAGAACAUGAAGACUGGGAGGUCUGAUUUCUGCUUGACCUAGUGGCCCUCGAUUGCUGCUCAUUAUCACACCUAAAUAGACACUUUCGAUUAUAGCAUUACACUUUGAUGGACUCAUUUGAUCACUGCUUGGCCUAACAGAAUUACAUUUUGAUGUACAUGUUCGAUUACAGCUUGGUCUAAUAGUACUACAUGUUGGUGGCAACGUUUGAUCAAUGCUUAGCCUAAUGGCCUUACAUAUUGAUGGGCACAUUCAAUUGCUGCUUGGUGCCAAACAACAUUACUUCUAGACAGACAUGUUCGAUUACAGCUUGGCCUUUCAGCAUUACAUAGAGGAACAUGAGGUUACCAGUUGGCCUAAGGGCAGUGGUUUCAGGUGGCACAACUCAAGAUGAUUCCACGAAGACUUGAGAACUCAAAACUUUGAAUCAGAGAGGAAAUUCAGAGAGUUCAUUGUUCAAUUCUCGAUGCCUACUUGUGUGAUAUGUUUACAUUGAAUUCCAAAAAAAAGAAAAGAAGCAACCAACAUUAAUUCAUAGUGAAUGUCUGAACCAGUGUUUUUGAGCACAGUCCUUGAUUCAUGGUCAAGACCUGACUACUUAUGUAUACCCCAGCCAAUACAAAAAUAGCCUCACAAAAUCAAUGCAAAUCCUUCGAGGACCAACGUCAGUAUGAGAAUAAUAAGCCACCCUCAUCUAUGGACCAACAUCAACAU